AUGGCCAUUUCGCCGACCCAAUUCGCCAAGAAGACGGCGCAAUCGACCAGCUGGUCGGAUGCGAAGCGUCGAGUCCUUUCUUCCUACCGCGAAUGGAUCCGAGCUGCGCCUGAAAUCCAAACGAUGUACAAUGUCCCUCUGCCCAUCUCGACCCUCCGAACACGGAUGCGACAGGAGUUCGAGCGACACCGAUAUGCGAACCAGCUCUCCAUAGUCGACGUGCUCCUCUUCAAGUCUCACACAGAGUACCAGGAGACAAUGAACUUCUGGAAGCAGCAGACUCACAUCAUGUCUUAUUUCAGCGACAACUUUAGAGGGGACAAGAGGCUUCCGUCCAGCUUCAUGGCUGGCUUCCUUGAGGGUCGAAAUUAG